AUGGCGUGGCUAUGGCAGGCAGGUCUCAUUUUGCACCUAGGACAUGGUGGACGGCCAUGCCCUCAUUACGGGCAGUACGAGAGGAUGGUGGAAGAUGACCCUUUCUUGGACGAGCCUGCGGAGGUAGAAGACUCCACCAUUCAAGACGAAUUUGCAGCGGGCUUCAAACCGAAAGGGCGGUUUCUCCAAGGGGACAAAUUGUUUACUAUAGUUCACACUAAUGGUCUCCACACCCUCCCAAUUCGCUUUUGUGGAUGCCCAGACAACAUCCACACACCUGAGUGGACUUCCGUCCUACAGCACCGACUUUAUCCCGCCACAUUCAAAGAUGUCCGCACAGUCUUCACAUUCGAAGUUUUGGACCUAUACUACAUGCUGGAAGUGGAGUGCCACUCUUCGACUUACCAAGUUUUCUCUCUCCUCCGACGCACCACGAACAAGACAUUCCCCUCCACAGUACCCGACCGCGAGAGAGAGCUUGGACGAGUUGGGCGACAGUGGCUUUGGCUGAAAGAGAGAAAAUGGUUCGGUUUUGGUCACGAAGAUCGAACGCCGGGUGAUGGUGAAGCAGCAUUAUUCUGCGCCGCUUGUCCUCAGCCAGGUGUAAAUCUACCUGAUGACUGGAAAGAAGAUCGCCGGAAAGCUAGGCAAGUCACCUACUACACAAUUUCUUACAGCAAGAAAGAUACAGAAGACGUAUGGUUGAAGGCUGGGGAGGGAUUCAUGACGGAGAACUCCGCGUUCGAGGAACAUUUGAGGACGUCCCACCAGGUGUCACAAAAACCAACGUGCCAUGAACACAAAGCGGCGGAGGAUCAGUGGCAGGUCCACAAGGGGUGUGAUGUGACGGGAAUCGGGGCUGCAGCAUGCAUGAGGCAUGGUGCAUAUGCACCUGGUUCCGUCGUGAACUUCCAGAAAGGUGAAAGACAAGUGAACAUGGACUACGCCAUUAACAAGGCAUUCAAAACCACUCAAAUGGAGGGAAUCACCACGGCACUGGUGGCUUACGAUAUCGCCUGCCAGUACGCCGUCCAUUUCCUUGAAAGAUUUGCCAAAAGCCCGGAGCUCGACCUUGCGGACGACCUCAUAGUCAAAUUCGUCAUCGGCUUAUUCCACGUUCAUGGUCACAAAAAGGAAUGCUAUCCUCGGUAUGCUUCAACCUUUAUGACUGGCGCAGCUGUCAGGAGUGGGGAAAUUUUAGAAUCUCUUUGGGAAAUUCUGAACCGUGUAUCGGGAAGAACGAGAGUGAUGGGUCAUGCUAUGCGUGUCGAGAUACUCGACGCGGUUAUGGCGGAUAGUAAUUGGAAGAAGCUUCUCAAACUUGUGGAGGUCAUUUGUAAGGAAUGGCCUGAUAAAUGGGAGAAAAUGGAGUUGGCUAUUACCGAGUUUGAACUAUUGGACUCGACGGUUACCAACGAGCAGAGGGAGGCCUGGACCAACCAGGCGAAGAAAGCUCAGCGAGAUCGUGUUUCAAACCCACAGGCCAUGGACGUCUACCUGUCGAACUUAGAAGCCCCAAAACCACUAAAACAGAAGGAAGUGAGCUUGAUGGAUGGGGAGAGGAGUCAAGGGGAUGGCCUGGGGGUAACUCAAUGGCUGUCGUUGGGCAUUAGCAUCCAAGAAUCACAAUGCUCACUAGUCGCAUUCAUCCGCAGAUACAAGCGCCGGAUGACAGAUUCCCGUACGCACGAAGUGGCUCGACGGAGGGAAAAGAUCCUCAAGGACCUUGCAUCAUUCGUUGAAAUUGCGUCCCAGCUUUUUCCCGAAGUGGACUUCCCUGAAUCUGGUGGCAUUUCCUUCGUCCCUCUGUCUGAGGAACUGUUGACGGACGAUGAAGAUGAGGGGGAGGACGAUUUAGACGAAGAAAGCCACUCCCAAGAUCGGGUGGAAGCAGAAUACCGAGCGUGCCCCCUUCCUUCAUCUCUUUCGCCCAUUCCUACCACGCUCACCGACGCUGUGAACAAAGAGAAAGAAUUGCGGGUGGCCCAAGCCGAAAAUCAUCUGGAAAGUAUCCGCUCUAAAGUGAGUCGGAAAUCAUACCUUUACAGAAACAAUCUCCGCCAUUCAAACACCAAAGUGGCCAAAACAAGAGCGCGAGAGACCAUUGCCGUAGCAGAAAGGGAACUCAAGCACCACUGUCGCGUUUAUGAGCAAGCUCGGUGGGCUUUGGGUCGCCUCCAUGUUCCGCAGGAAGUUCUCGCAAGAUUUCAGAAGAUCAAUCCCCGCAUUGAUCUGAGAGUUAACACUGCCAUCGCUGAUCCGAAUGCCCGUGGUCAAAGUUCCGAGACUUUGUCUUGGAUUUGGAAAACAGCUACGGAACUUGUCGGGGACAGGGAUCAAUACUUGGUUGAAUUAUAUCGAGUGAACUGGCUGCAGGCCAGAGAGAAGAAGCACAGGUGGAUUGAGGAAAUUACGCUAGUGGAAGCCGAAAUGGACUGGAUUCCCCGCUUUUUCUCCUUCCAGGCGGGGAAGUGGAAGUCCCGGGCGGAGACUUCCACUCAGAAGCCUGGGCAUUUGGCAUAUGCCCACCGCCAAGCAGCGAUGUGGGAAAAGCUUGAAGGAUAUGCCAGGAAAUCUUUCACAAAGCUUCUGAACCCGAGUCAGAGUUCGACAGAACAAUGA